GCUCCUGCCAACCCACGAUAGCGUCAACUCCAGUACCGCCUCGGCCUGGUGUCGUUCUCGUUGUUGGGCUUCCGUAGGUGCAACGCCGUUGCAACCCUCCUUCCUCGUUGCCCCUUCCGCCAACCAGUUGAAGGCAGGACCUUGAACGUCGCCGAGUGCUCCUCCAAUUUUCGGGGACCACUGAACAGCUCAUUGAACAGCGCAGACAUCCGAUUUUGUCAACUUCCUACCAGCCACUUGAGCGAGCGAGGUCCAAGUUUACUUGCGAGUUCUCGUCCAGCUUCUGGAUGGAUGUUUACAGCAGCUCCCCUCUUCGCUUUCACUCAGCAUUGGACCGUGACACAUGCGUGCACACAACACCUACGUGCUCCUCCUUCUUACAACAACGAAUGCACGUUCUGCUCUUCGACCUUUAUUCUAGCUUUUCAACAUAGCCAGCCCAGUUCACCCUAUGCGGUCGCCCAUUCGCAGUCCUCAAAAAGACUCCAUCCCGUCACCCACCAGGCUGUCCGUGUGCAGCUGAGCGCUUGUGCCAAACCUCGUUCACCCCGCCCCCAGGCCGCAGGCCAUCACUACCCGUCUACCCACAAUACAACGGAACCCACUGCCUACCUAAAAGAACACCUCAAAAGAAGUUCUGCCGUGCGCAAAGGUUUGCACAGCUGCAUACCGCCCGUGGCAUUGAACAACUAGACGGAACCGACCAUACUUUAGUUUUCGAACAAGGAAAAACGGAGAUUGUUUGAUCCCGGCGACCACAGAGCUUCUAAAACUGGCUUUGAUCGACAUCGAUGUCGGCGCGUCCAGUUUACAACACUAGUUAGCUUAAGGUCUUUCUGUCAUCUUGCUCGGCGACAAUCUUCAAGUCCCAAGUCCAGUCCAGUCCCCUUGGUCUUCCGUGCGCGCCAACUCGAGCGGACCUUUCUC